AUGGCACCAGGCCUGGCGCUCCCAUAUGGCUUCAAAGAUGCCAAGGUGGUCCUGUUGGUCCAGAGCAUCAUCGGGGACUUCCUGCAGGGCGGUCUCAUCUUCGGCUGGAAUGCUUUGGCUUUGAUGCUCAAGCAGCAGGGCAACUACAACAGAAACUGCACACAACCCAUCUCUGACAUUGAACGGGAGGGUCUCAACACAAACUGCGCCUGGCAAGAAAGCCGGCUGUCAGUGCUUUGGACCAUCGGUGUCUUUGCUCUCAACUUUGGGCCUGUCAUUGUGGGCCCAGUGCUGGACUAUGUGGGCCCAAAGAUCACUGCCAUGCUGGGCACGCUGCUGAACAUGGUGGGGUUGAUCCUGCUGGGCUGCUCCAACACCCACGACUUCAAUGGGCUACCGGCUGGGGCAGUCAUCCUGGGCCUGGCGGGGAUCACCUUCCACCUGUCGCAGCUGCACAUCUCCAACCUGUUCCCCCGCAGCCGCGGCUUUAUAUCCAGCCUACUUGUUGCCGGCUUCACUGGCUGCGGCGUCAUCUUCUAUCUGCUGGACCUCAUCUUCGUGGCUGCCGGCGGCACCAGGGAUGCGUACCGGCUGAUUAUGAUUCUGUAUUCGCUGGUGGUGUACCUGUGGACGGGGUCGGGCCGCUUCAAGGUGAUGGACCGCAAGGAGGUGGAGCGCCAGGCUGUCGCCAUCCGCAUGACGGCGCUCGACGACGGCAAACGCGCGGCCGGCAGCGGCAGCAGCAACGGCGGCGGCGCGCACCUCGCCAACGGGGCGGCCGCAUCGGGGCAGGACGCCGGCACGCUGCACGACCUGGAGAACGCUGGGCACAGCGACGAGGAAAUAGACAAGGACAUGGCGUUGGCAUACAUGGGCCUGCGCCACGCCGGCAGCGGCCACGCGGCGGCGCCCGACUCGGCCGACCCGACCUGGCUCGACCGCGAGUCGCCGCCGCCCACCGUCCCAGUCAUCAGCGAGGACGCGCCCUCGCCGCAGGGUCAGGGGGAGGCAAGGGGGGAUGGCGGGAGGGAAGGGGGAGCGAACACGGGGUCCUUGGAGGGGCAAUACGACGCGACGGGGGCGGCUCUGCAGCAGCUGAACGGCACCGCUGUCGGCGGCGCCACUCCCCGUGGCGGUCGGCCUCCCUCGCGCGACCACUUCACCACCGGGGAGCACGGGGCGCUGGUGUUCGAGUCGCGGCGUUUUGUGGAGCUGCGCAAGCAGGGCUUCUGGAAACAGUUUUUCUCCGCCGAGUCCACGGGCAUGGGCAUCUUCUACACCCUCAACGUCUUCUGCAUCCAGGCACGCCCGCCCCUGUUCUACCUGGGAACGACGCGGCUGCAGCUGGAGCACAAGGGUGAUUCAGCGCAUGUGGUGACUAAUAUCGCCAACGUGGUGCCGGCCUUCGGCUUCGUGGGCAUCCCCGUCAUCUCCUGGCUGCUGGACAAGAAGGGAUACGGCGUCACUCUGGCCGUCAUCAACCUGCUGGGCGUGCUCGCCUCCAUCUUCCAGGCCAUGCCCUCCCUCUACUUCCAGGUGGUGACGCUGAUCGUGUGGUGCUCGGGGCGCUUCUUCCUGUACACGAGCUACUUCACCAUUUUUGGCGCGCUCUUCGGGGCCACAAAUUUCGGGCGCAUGGUGGCGAUCGACAACUCGAUCAAUGGCAUUGCGGCGCUGCUGCUGCCGCUGUUCAUCUUCUGCUACUACAUGUACGAGUGGGAGACUGACGAAGCCAACCAGGUGCCAAUUCUGCCCAAUGAGGGCGAGGAGCUGCCCUGCAAUGUCAAGGGGCCCAGGCAGAUGCGCGAGGCGACAUUCCUGACCACCCUCGAGCGGCGGCUGUCCGGGGCCGGCGCGAUGGCCGCCUAG